AUGGCAGACAUUCCAGCGCCAGACUUAUUGUCACAAACAGCAGAGAACAAGCAGUCUCCUUUGGCUCCCCCUCCUCAACACCCAGACACCUCAAAGAUGCCAGGUGAUUAUAACACAGAUUCCAAACAACCCGCACCUUCAACCGAAGGACCGUCAUCCAUCGUCGCUGCAGCAGGUCCUUCCUCCUCCCAAACUCAACCGAAACCUCAGACCGAAACCUCCGGAUUCUUCAAACGAGCACUCUCAAAGGACAACCGUCGUACAGCCCAUCGCUUCUUCUCCGCCUACGCCCAAACAUGGGUUGGCAUGUCCCCACUUUGGCUCAUGGGCGAAGCCAUCCUCCCCGGUCACAAAGUUGGCACUCAAUUCAACAAAGGAAGGAAGAACCUAUUCGGUGUCGCGGAGGAGGUCCGUCAGGUUGUUACGACGAGCGGGAAGGAUGUCGUCGUUAUUAUUGACGAGAAACUCUUCGGUCGUGGAGAAGGCGGAAAGCAAGUUACAGAGAGGACUGCAGAAGUCAUCAAAGCUGCAGGAGAGAACGCCUUACUAGUCGUAACAACCUCCCUCGACAAACUCUCCACCCAAUUCACUUCCACCAAAUCCAAAGCAUCCUCCCAAACCCAAAAAUUCGACCUCCGCGAACUCGCCAACGACCCCAAACUCAAACAAUCUCUUAGACAACACAGUCGAGACGCACUCGUCCUCCUCGACAACGCACUCAAACACCCCGUGGUAGUCACCGGCGUCUCCCGCUUCGCACGUUCCCGAGGAAUCCCGCACGCCGACGCUCUUCUACGUCUUGCAUCUCUCGGCCUCGGCAGGAUCCUUCGCGCCAUGCCAGAAGAGGUCCAACAAGAGGUAAGCGAGCACGUAGAAGCCAAGAUCGAAGAAAUCGACGCGGAGGAGCUCGAACGCACAAGUACGCAGGAAGAGCGCGUGGAGGCAGAGAAUAUCGGGAAAACAGCAGAGAAGGCAGCAGUUCCGAAGGUCGAAGGCAGCCCGCCUGGUGACAAGGACGAUCCCUACGCGACAAUGAAGAAAAAGAACGAAUGCAUCAUAAUGUAAAGGCAUACAUGCAUGAGGCGAAUCCACAAUCGUAAUAUGAUGACUCACGACUUGGACAGUGUUUAGUUCGUACUUUUGCAGGUACACAUGCAGAUGUAGUAUACACGCAUCCAUUUACAGAAUGUAGUAGUUCUUGAUGUUCCCGCACCCAGAUUCUGGCGCUAUCAAGCCUCAAUAUAACC